AUGGAGGUUGUCAAACGAAGAACAGUGAAAACCCUUGUAACAAAGCUCAGCUCCGUUUCUGAACAAACCCGCACAGAAGCUCUGUGCGAGCUGCGUUUGCUUUCAAAAAAUGACCCGGAAAGCCGCUCGUUAAUUGCAGAGGCUAACGCUAUUCCGUUGAUAGCGGAAGCCCUUUAUUCAACAGUUGUGAUUCUUCAAGAGAAUGCCACUGCCACGAUCUUGAAUCUGUCCAUAUCUUCCAAGGAGGAUUUGAUUGCGUCUCAUGGUGUCCUUGAUGCCCUUUCGCAUGCCGUCCGAAAUCCUGCUUCCCCUUUUGUUGCCCAGUGCGCUGCCGCCACCAUUUUCAGCCUGUUGACUAUGGAAUCAUUUCGCCCUAUUAUUGGGCACAAACGGGAUAUUAUAUUUGGGCUUGUAGAAAUAAUAAGGAGUCCGGGGUCGGUGGCAAGGUCAAUUAAGGAUUCUUUAAGUGCUUUAUUUGCCAUUGCGCUUUACCCUUUGAAUCGUGCGCAGAUGGUGGAGUUGGGGGCAGUACAUGCUCUGUUUUCAUUAAUUCUCAAGGAUGGGAGGGUGGGGCUUGUUGAGGAUGCCACAGCUGUGAUUGCACAAGUUGCAGGGUGUGAAGAGAGCUGGGAAGCAUUCAAGAAGGUUUCCGGGCUAGAAGUGUUGAUGGAUUUGUUGGAUAAUUCCACGGGAUCGAGUUAUAGGACUAAGGAGAAUUCAGUUUCUGCGCUGUUGAACUUGGUGCUGUGUGGGGGUGAGGAGGUUUCCAAAUUUGUUUGUGGAAAAAUGGAAGAAAGGGUGCUUGAUGGGAUUAUUGACGUGUCACAGAACGGGAGUGACAAGGGAAAGAACAAGGCGAUCGAGUUGUUGAAGAUUGUUAAUGCAAGAAAUGCGAGGUUGGAGUCUUUAUCUUUGUCAAGCCAUUCUUCAUGA